AUGCAGCAGACGUGGAAAGAAAAGUGUGCCGAAGCGCUUACGCGAGGAGGGAUUGCAGGGUCGGCAACAAUGAUGCCGCGAAUCAAUGUUUCACCGAUCCACGACGCCCUGCUUGUUGUGGACAUGCAGAACGACUUUGUGUGUCCUGACGGGGCUCUAUCGGUUCCAACGGCGAUGGAGUUGAUCCCUGUGAUCAACCACAUUUGCCACGCCUACGACUUCCGCGCCAUCGUCGCGACGAUGGACUGGCACCCGCCGAAUCACUGCUCCUUCCGCAGCCCUGAAGGACCCGGUGGGCCCUGGCCGCCGCACUGUGUGCAAGACACUUACGGCGCCGAGCUGCACCCGCGUCUGCGGCUGGGGCGAGUCGACCACGUCGUGCACAAGGGAUCGGACGAGGACGCCGAGUCCUACUCCGGCUUUGCCGACGAGCACGGCAAGUCAUCUGGUCUCGCCACCCUGCUGCGGGAAAUGGGCGUGCGCUGUGUGUUUAUCUGCGGCGUGGCCUUUGACUACUGCGUCUACUACACGGCGCUUGACGCCUUGAAGGAGAACUUUGAGGUCAUCAUCCUGCAGGACGCGACUCGGGCUGUGUUUUCAAACAACAUUGCAGAGCGGAGCAUGAGCCUGCAGCACGCGGGGGCCGUACUGACGUCCAGCAAGUCUCUCAACGAGGCAGAGAUUUGCACGCGCACGAAAUUGUACGUCUGCGACGGAGACAAUAUUUGA